AUGAAAACUAUAUUUAUGUCAUCUGAGAGCAUAAACAAAAGGAAGAAAUAUCAAAAACCAAAUAUUUUACGGAAAAAGCCAUCUGGCACUGUAUCAAGUAAAACUCAAGAUGUAGGAAAUAUUAACAGAGAGCCAUGUGAUGCUUCAGAAACUAGAAAUGGCCAACUAGUGUCUGAACCCAAUCUUACUUUAGAUUUUAGUAACAUUUUAAAACCAGUUUCACAUCACCUGGAGAAUGAUUUAAAUCAUGAUCAUAAAAUUGGUAACAAAUUCAGCAAUGAAAAUUUAACCACAAGUAAUGUAAUUACAGAAUCAGGUGAAAAUGUUAUUACGAAUAAUGAUGAUCCGAAUCAUACUAUGGUCAACAUAGAAGCUUUUUUUAAUGAUACACCUGAAAAGAAUGUUAUGCUGUAUGACAUUGAUUGUGAACCUGGAAACCAGAUAGAAACUAUAAUGGUUAUAGAUGAUAAAUCCCCAGUAAGUGAAGUGUAUAUUCAAGAUAAUCCAGAUCUCAUAACAAAUAUGGUACCCUUGUCAACAGUGAUAUCCCAAGAGGAACAAGAAGAAGUUGUAACUAUUGAGUCACCCCAAAAUAAUAACAUGUUUUCAGCUACAGUAAGGAAGUUUAUGUGUGAUGCACCUAAUUGUAAAAAGGAAUUUAGGAGUGAACAAAAGCUGCAGGAACAUAAAAAAAUUCAUAAUGAAGAUGGCACCAUUAAACCUGCUCGGCAAGUGACAGUCGAAUGUCCUGUAAAAAAACUUGCAUCUGAUGGAACAGAGGUACCUUGUGGAAGGGUAUUUCUUGUGCGACAUUUGUUGCUCAAACAUUUAAAUGAAGAUCAUAAACCUGAAGAUGCUAGUUAUGGGUGCGAUGUGUGCGCGCGUCGUUUCUUCUGGGCAUCGGGACUGGGUAGGCACGCGCGCGUGCACUGCAGCCGGGGAGCAUCGCCGCCGGCGCUGGUGUGCGGGUGGAGCGGGUGCGGGCGAGUGUUCCGCCUGCCGUGCCGCCUGCGCGAGCAUGCGCGUGCGCAUACCGGCGACCGCCCCUACCGCUGCCAGUACCCGAAUUGCGAGUGGUCGUUCCGUUCGGCGAGCAAGCUGGAGCGUCACGCGCGCCGGCACACGGGCGAGCGGCGGCACGCGUGCGAGCUGUGCGCGCGCGCCUUCCUGCGCCGCGAGCACCUGCGCGACCACCACGCACGACACCACGCGCCGCGCCGCCGCCCGCACGCCUGCACUCACCCCGGUCAGUGUGUAUGUUCCGCGCACCACCACCUGGAGCGCCACGCGCGCCGGCACACGGGCGAGCGGCGGGACGCGUGCGAGCUGUGCGCGCGCACCUUCCUGCGCCGCGAGCACCUGCGCGACCACCACGCACGACACCACGCGCCGCACCGUCGCCCGCACGCCUGCACUCACCCCGGUCAGUGUGUAGGUUCCGCGCACCACCACCUGGAGCGCCACGCGCGCCGGCACACGGGCGAGCGGCGGGACGCGUGCGAGCUGUGCGCGCGCACCUUCCUGCGCCGCGAGCACCUGCGCGACCACCACGCACGACACCACGCGCCGCACCGUCGCCCGCACGCCUGCACUCACCCCGGUCAGUGUGUAGGUUCCGCGCACCACCACCUGGAGCGCCACGCGCGCCGGCACACGGGCGAGCGGCGGGACGCGUGCGAGCUGUGCGCGCGCACCUUCCUGCGCCGCGAGCACCUGCGCGACCACCACGCACGACACCUCGCGCCGCCCCGCCGCCCGCACGCCUGCACCCACCCCGGUCAGUGUGUAUGUUCCACGCACCACCACCUGGAGCGCCACGCGCGCCGGCACACGGGCGAGCGGCGGGACGCGUGCGAGCUGUGCGCGCGCGUCUUCCUGCGCCGCGAGCACUUGCGCGACCACCACGCACGACACCACGCGCCGCGCCGCCGUCCGCACGCCUGCACCCACCCCGGUCAGUGUGUAUGUUCUGCGCACCACCACCUGGAGCGCCACGCGCGCUGGCACACGGGCGAGCGGCGGGACGCGUGCGAGCUGUGCGCGCGCGCCUUCCUGCGCCGCGAGCACCUGCGCGACCACCACGCACGACACCACGCGCCGCGCCGCCGCCCGCACGCCUGCACCCACCCCGGUUGCGAGCAAACAUUCAACAACAUGAGCACUCUGUACAUGCAUCUGAAGAAGGUUCACCGAAGUAAAGAUGUUAAUGUAUCGGAAACUGCUACUACCGGGUCGGUUUCUCUCCCACAAUUGCAAGAGGAGAAUGGCACGUUCCUGGUUAACCUGGUUUCGAGUUCGGCUUUAGUGCGCGAUUCGACGGAAGCGGGGUUGUCUGUAGAGGCUGGGGUAAAAGAAAUUGUGGAUGGGGUAGAAGUUAACAGUGUGUGUGGUGCAGAAACGAGUGCCAGCGGGGUAGAAAUGAGUGUGGAUAUAAUAGAACAAGGGAGUGGGGUUAACAGAAGCGAAUGGCGAGCAGCUAGGACGCAUUGUACGUGGCCGCUGUCCAGAACUAAUCCAACAAGUCCUGCCCCUGAAGCUCACCUCGACGACGACUACGUUGUGAGUUUCGUAGAGCAAACAGAGAACUCUGACAGCAACAUAUAUACUGUUAGAAGCGAUCUGUUCCUCCAUGGGAACAUAAUGAUAAAUGAUGACAACGAGCAGCCCGCAAGUGCUGUGGGUGGCACCAACGACGCGUUGGAGACAGACCUUGGUAUGCUCGACGCACACCCAACCGGCGAUCUCAUGCAGGAGGAGCUGAUGUAUACAGACGUGGCGGCCGAUGAGUCUUCCUUCCGAAUAUUUCUGCUCAGCGGUGAGGAACUCACUUAAAAAUAACAAUUCAACGAUAUACAAAUCAAAGGAUAGUGGAUACACUUUUACCACGUAGAUAUAAUUAUUAUUAUUACUGAACUUAAGAGCUGUCACGUAGUUGUUAUUAUUACUGAACUUAAGAGCUGUCACUUUCGAAUUGUCCACCUCAGUCCUUGAUUAACUAACACAAUUAUCAGCUAAUCAGCGAGCUUAUCCAGAAUAAUUGGCAGUGCCAUAAUUUGGACUUAAUGUGUUCUUAUUUAAUAUACUUAUUACUUUGAAAUUUUGAACGCUGCGUUGUAAUCACUCCUGUCCAGCGCUUUAAUAAUGAGUGAUUGAGUUUCUGUCUCGUGUUCAUACAAUAUGAAUUGGAUCGGGUUAUCAUUUUGUGCAAUUGAAUACAAAACAAACAUUACUACAUUAUUGAGUCCGCAGUACAGCGUUAUGAACUUGAAUACUUAACUGUAAGCUAGCUAGAUAUUAUUAAAAUCGUUGUCACAUUACUAAAUUAAUGCCAAAAUAUUAAGCUGUUUAAUAGCAUUAUUUUUAAGCUUAUGUGAAUGCUUAUCGUCGAGAUUUGCGAGUUUACGGAUAUUAUUAAGAAAUAAAGAGGGUAAGGUGGCAAAACAAUAUGUAUUAAAAACAUUAUCAUUAGACAGUUAUCUCAACCUGGUGAGAGUGCGAGUGAUUAGGUCGUAUUUAUUAUACCAAAAAUAAUGGCAGACCCAAAAAAAAAAUAUAUAAGCAAGGAUAUAAUAUCAAGUUAAACCUUAUACAACAACAGAUUACCGUUUAUUUAAUCGUUAAGCAUUUUGACUGUUACUAAAUAUCAUUGGGUUGGAAAUUCAAUUUCAGUUUUAUAUAUCCAUAAAAAUAGCUUGGCCGUGCGUGACACAUUUCAAUCUGUGCAAGAAAAUUACCAAUUAACCUGAAAAUUAAUGGUAAUAUAAAUCGGAAGAGAUUUUUUUUAGAUUGACUUAAAUGUACAAAUAAUAUAACAUGAUACCGUACUAUUUAAAUCGUUAAGUUUGAAACUCGUUGGUUACAGGUUAAUUAUAAGAAUAAUCGAGAGACCGUGAUAAUUAUCUAUUCAUAAUAGGGGAAAGUGUAGACACUUUAACGUUGAUUCGUUAGUAAGCCGUGCCGUGCCGCGAGUGCUGAACGAAUUUAAAUUUGAUACAAACGUAAGUAUUUAUACGCGGAACUGAAGUUAGACGAAUUAAUUAAAGUAGCUGUUUUCUGGUGUAUUGAUAAGUGAACACAAAGGAUUCAUCGCAUAAGACACAUGAUUCAGUCGUUGUAUCCUUUAUGUGAGAACCUCUAAGUACGUUUAGAGUAAAGGAAUUAACCUUAAUCUUAUUAAUGGUUCCGGCUGUGUGUUUUCAGUGGCCUUUGAUGAUGUUGUAGUUAAUAUUAAUAAGGCAGAAAAUGUUUAAGUAUUAUUCUAUUCUUUGGUGCUUCUUAUUUUCGUAAUUCUGAUUUAGGCAAAAUAGUUUUCAAGUCAAUAAGCACAUAGACUACCAAUAAAUGGAUAAAGUGUCGAAUUCCGCUCUCCUAAAUGAGACUUAAUUUGAAAACGUUAGAUCCUUUGACGACUUGGUAAAAUCAUCACGUAUUUGCAUAAAUAAUUAAAUAAUCGAACCGUUUUCAACUGCUUAAAUAUUCCUGAUAUAUGAAUAUGUUCCAGUGAUAAUAAAAAUAGUUUCAUCAGGUUAAAUCGCAAGCAUUUAGAUAAAUUUUGUCGAGUUUAUAACCUUAAAUUAGUUUAUUUAGGUGCACUACUAGCACCAAUUUUGCUAAGGUCCACUUGCACUCAUAGAAAAAUGACAAUGUGACAGUAUUGUAUUGGCUAAAUAUAGUUUGUUAAAUUGUCAUAAUCACGCAUUUGAAAGGAAAGCUCAAAUUAUCAUUAAUAUUUUAAUACCUAUUAUUAUUUAACGUGGUUGUCUCAAUUUCGUGACGUAUUUCAUUAUAUUGUCGUGCUAACAGGAUCAACUUAGGAUUACGCUAAAAAGUAAAAGGACAAGAACAGACUAACAACUUUCUAAACCUAGCCAUGAAUUUAACGAGGAUGGACUGGAUGUUACAAUUACAAACUUAUCUAGUGUAUUAUAAAAAUAGCUGACUGAGCCCGAGACUCGUCACUUAUAUAGAUACUAGCAAACCAGUGAACCAAAUGUUUAUCAAAACCUGAUUUCUCGAAAACCGGGAGUGCUACGUUACUCAAAUCUGGUUUGUAGUCUUAUCAGACUAUUCUUAACUUAUAACUUAAAUAUUCUCUUUAUCUAUCUCUUACGGUUUGGCCGCUGAAACAGCACCACAGACGGACGGACUUGUCUAAUAGAUAAGAGAUAUUUCGCAAUAACUUUGUUAUGUCAAAAUAUUGUCUGGACAUGUAACUGUGAAUACGAAGCUUGAUCUAAUAUGACUUUAUAGAUGUAACUAAACGUUUUUAUAGUAUGAGAGCAAUUUAACUUUAUCGCGCGCAUAUAUUUCGAGCGCAACAUACAAUCAGCCAAUUUGAUUCCUGACCCACCAUAAGCUUAUUUUGUUAAGACCAUUUCGAAACAAUAACAUUAUUUUAUUUUCUAAACAAUUAUAUUCGACGUGACGGAUUUAGCCGCCUUCCUGUGGCAUAAUUUUGACAAUAAAUUAUUUGGAGUUUUGCCCAUGGACUAAGGAUUUCCCUAUUAGUAUAGCAACGUUUUUUAUAAUGUCAAGAAAUCCAAAGAGUAUCUGUUACAUUUACGAUUUUAAAACAUAGAGGUAUAAGAAUAGAGUGGGGAAGGCGGCUCUAAAAGUGUCCGUCUAGUAGAAAGAGAAAGAAGAUGAGAGACGGCUAGCCUUUCUCCUCUAAUUGCGAAUUCGCAUUGGAUGAAAAACCUACGGAUGAAUACCGACCAAUCACGACUGCGCAGCGUCACAAGGGAGAGAGAUAGCUAGCCGUCCCUCAUCUUCUUUCUCUUUCUACUAGACGGACACUUCCACUAGCAGUAGAGUACAUAUCUCCCCUACUCUAUUCAUAUAGCUCUAUGUUUUAAAAGUGAUUUCGAAAUUCAAACUACUAUUCCAAUUUUAUCUACAACAUUGUCUAUUUCAUUGAAAAUAAAGGCCAAAUUUCAAAUAUCUUUUCAAUAAUUGUUAACAUAGUUUCCUUGUUAUUAGAAGGUCCUAAGUGCGCAAUUAAGCAUUAUCUACAAUAGAAAACUUGUUUCUUUUGAUAUUUUGAAGCGAAUAAUCGGGCAAGUGGGUGACGAAUCAGUUGUUCGGGCGUACUAUUGUACAAAUAGCCACACGACAUGUUUCCAUAAACUGUCUAAACUUCUCAAAACAGAAUAGAAUUUAAUAUCACCAAUAUAAAGCUCAGUUAUUUGGAUACAUUUGAUGUGCGUUGUUACGCGGGUAGUGCUAUUGCUUAGCCUGACUAUGGCUUAAAAUCAGUGAUCUCUGUAAAAAUGUUAGGAUGUGUAAGUUAGGUAAGUACUAUAUUCGACCACUGUAGCUUAAUUAAGAUAAUUAUAUUAUGAUGUGAUGUAUUGAUGUACAAUGAAAAUAUUCAAUGUAGCAGGUAAGAUGUUAUUAAUAUAGAUUACUUAGGUUGAUUUGUUACUUGGAUGUUUGUUUUUAUGAUGUUAACGUAUGACUGUUCAAGGAUUGUUUUUCGUCUGCUCAUUGUUUUCGAGCUCUUCGCCGAUUAAGUAAAUAAAAUGCCUCCAUUAUUUAUCACAAAAGAGCUUAUUAAAAAUAUUUAAACUUAGUUUUUUUUCUUUAAUCGUUAAUACUAACUUUCCCGUGACUUAUAUAUCUUACCACGCUUAUCUUGUAUGUUAUAAAUACCUAGACAAAUAAGAACUUGUGUAAAGACUCCUUUACUGAUUAAGUGGAAAUGUCAUUUGUUAGUAAACUUAGUAUAUGGCAAUAUAAUUAUAGUGUCUGUUCCAAGUAAUAUUCUAAGGAAUAGUUUAAUUAUUAAAGUAAAUUUUUAUUUGUAUAUUACGACAUGAAUCUCGAUUUGAUCGAUGAUAUUUUAAGAAUCAAUUUAUACUUAAUUUUGCAGCAACUGACACAUUUACUUUUAAAUUAUUUUAUGUUUUAUCUUCAUUACAGAAUCUAUUGUAUUGCUUGAAGGACUAGCUCUUCGGCGUAGUUAUUUGACGUUGCGACCAGAGGCCUAACCACGAACUUUGACAGAUCCGUUAUCGUAUCGUCAUGGUCAAAGGACAUUGGGCAAAAAUGUAUGGACGGUUAAAACUACAUUUGUUUGGAAGGUAUUAUAGUCAUGAUCAUCUGUGCCAAAGCGCAUCAAAUUUCAUCCCGGGGGUCUUUAGUUAUUUUAAGUUAAAUGUGUACAAGUACUAUAACAUAACGAACGAACAUAAUGAAACAAGGGAAUUAAUUUAGUUAGUUAGUUCGACUCUACAUAGGGUGCUCACUAAUUAUAGGAGUACUUCACAAGGUGCAAGGGUGCCCCCUUAUGUUAUUCUGCCGCGCUAGAGUAAAUCCAAACAUCCCCGCAUGGGUUGGGUUUUUUUAAACAUUCUGUACGUUAUAGUAAGUCUUCUAUGUAAAACGGAGCGACCACAGAUUACACAAACUUGUCCACGCUUCGGAUAACACAUGAUUCCAGUUCAUCCAUCUUAAUUGACAAAACCGAUAAUCGUGUUCCAAUAUCCAAAGCGUGUUAGAUAAAAAUCAAUCAAGUACCCUGCUACUUACUAAGCGCACAAUCACAACGAAGUAAGACGAGUCGACUAUUUGCAACUGCAAGUCCUUCGUCAUCCGUAAACCGUUUUGAAAUAUCUCAGUAAGAGCAAGCGCAGGAUGGUCGGCAGGCUUUGUCGUAUAUCUGGUUGUAUAGUACGAUAUGGCAUAUUAUUAUGAUUAGUAAUAAUUUUAAAUGAAGGUACUAUAAAAUGAAUUUAUUCAGCUACUUAAAUAUGCCCAUGUGUCAUAUCUAUUGACUACCAGGAUAUUUUUGACUCCCAGGAUAUUUUUUACAGUGUCAUAUCUUUUGACUCCCAGGAUAUUUAUUUUCGGUGUUAUAAUAAAAAAAAGGCUAGUUUUUCAAAGAUCUAUCGAUUCAUACUAAUUACAUUGUUGGCGGAGCUGGGUGCGUUUUGCCCAUUGUCCAAAUUGUAUGUAAGGAGCCAGUUUGUUCUUACGCCCUGUAGAGGCGUUGCUUAGUUUUCAUUGAAAAUAACGAUACUGUACGGUUCCGGGCCUGCCUAAAAUUCGUGUUUGGGCCUCAAUCCAUGUGACGUAGGCUUAGAUUAAAACAAAAAGGGAAGAUACGGUACGCUCAUACUAGCAUCAAAUAAAAUAUGAUCCGACUCAACUACAUAAGCAACUCUCACACACGCACACGUCUCACGUGAUUUUUGAGAAAAAAAUGUUAUUACAGUUUUACGAAUGAAAAGUGUUGCCGAGACAUUUGUUAUUUGAUUUUGAACUAUGUAUUUGUGUUCCUGAUAAAAGCAUCGAAGGCUUUGUUUUGUCUUUAUAACACAGAAUAUACGCAAUAUUGUUGUAUUGAGUACAAAUGCAGCGUGUUUGAAUGUCCAAUUGUGACUUAUGCGAAUUAUGCUCAUGCAACUUUUGAGCCGCGAGUGCCAUAUCUUCCCUUUUUGUUUUAAUUUAAGGACAUAGGUAGGUAGUUUUUCAAGCGAUACCAUACAUUUCGUAUUGAAGAUAAAGCCUAUAAUGAUGUGUCGUGCAGCCUUUUGCUGAUUUGCUGCCACUUCGGCUACAGUGUAAUCCGACUAUAAUGACAGAUUUUUUUCAGUUCUUUAAUACAACUUAUCUGUCGACCGAAAACCGUAACACUAAAAAAGCAAGAGUAAAAAAAAACAAUGUGUUAAUACCAGACGUAUAAUAAUAUAAUAAAUGUUACAACGAAUACCUGUCCCAGUGUAUUGGUUGGAGAAAGUCUUACGAUUUCAUUGUUAGCAAAAACAUUGAUAUACGUUUCAUUCUGCGCAAGUCAUGUUUUUAUUACAUCUUAGUAAAUAUAUUUUAUUAUAUUAAGAGCAUCACGAGCCAACACCGUGGAUUAAAUACUCUUAAUGCUAUCACAAUUUAUUAACGCCUACUUAGUAGUUUCUAUCUGGUUGGUUAUAACUGUUUCUUUCGGUAUUUUCUAUUUUUGAUAUUUUGGCAUAACACACGCAAAUCCUUAAUUAUUUGCUUUACCCUUGAAGCGCUUGAAAUUCGUAAUGGCAAAUGGUAGCAUUUCUUACAGUUUCUACGGCUAUUCAGAAUUAUUGGUCAAAACGUAAAGGCGUUUGACACUGCCUAUAACAAAUCGGUUAUAAUGAUACUAUGUAACGCAAGCUACACCAAAAGUGAAGCAAUGUACGAUUUGCUCCGCUCGUGUCUUUUUUAAUAGUUUAGCCACCCUAAGGCGAUUGAUCGCAGUAUGAACGUAAAAAAUUGCUAAAAAUGUAAGGUCAGUCGGAUCAGCUUAUUAUAGCUUUUCAUUUUGUUUCUAUAGUAGAAAAAAAAUGCUCCAUUCUCUAUUUUUCCAUCCUCCAUUUAACUUUACUGUCGCGUUUGCGUUCACGUCAAAAUUAGUGUGGAAAAAUGUAUGACGCCGUCUAGUGGUACGUAAAUGAAGUUAUUUUCUUCAUAUUUAUUUCGACGUAAACGCAAACUUGAUAGUAAAGUUAAAUCGAAGCGCAACACAAUGUAAACAUUUUUUCAUUUUUAUUCUACAAUAAUAACAAAAUAGAAAGCUAUAAUAAGCUGAUCCGGUUGACGUUACUUUUUUAAGAUUUCCAUUUUUUUAUUUUUUACAUGCAUACUGCGAUCAAUCGCCUUAGGGUGGCUAAACUAUUAAAACGACAUGAAUGGAACAAAACGUACGUACUCCGGCCUCUGGUCUGUGAGCACUUACUACGUUACGAAUACAGAGGCCCAAAGUACGAACUUUGACAGCUCUGUAGGUAAUCGUAUUGCAUUAUCAAAGUUUCUAUUAAAACUAAGCAGCGCCCACCCCACGUAAGAACAAACUGGCUACUUCCAUACAAAAUUUGACGAUGACGAUACGAUAACGGUCAAAGUUCGUGAUCAUAAAAUACGUAAGUCUUGUCAUGUUCAUAAGCUUGUUGAGAAAAUUUGUUUAUCGAAUAUUUAUUCAUUGGUUUUAUCCAUUGGAGGUAAAUGUAAAAAGAAAACUAUAUUAAAGCUGACUGAAUAAGUUCGUAAGUGUUUUAUGUACAGUUUUUUUUAUGAAAUGCCUUUUCUAAAUCAAUUAAUACAUAUUGCUAAUUAACGUUCGUUAGUGUUCAAUCGUAUACCGUUUCAUGUUCAGAAAAAUUCUUCAAUUAAAGCAAAUAUAAAAAACUAUUUGUUCUUAAUGUAUAAACAAGGGCAUACGAAGACUACUAAGGCUUUAAUAAUUAAUUAUAAUAUAUAUGUAUAGCAAAUAUUUACACUUAUUUAAAUUAUAUAUUUCGUACCUAUCCAGGUCAAGAGAGUUUUAGAGUUGUGUACGAUAAUUUUAUGGCCCCAUGUGAUGUGUUGCUUUUAAUUAUUAAUAUUAAGAAUAAUUAAGUUUAAGUAAUACCAAUAUAGUUUAGGUCAUGUCCGUUGUUAAAACUUUUAUUUUGUAUUUUUCGCAAUAUGCUUUUGGUAGUCGUGGACUGACGGCCCUGCCUUAAUAUUCGGACAUGUUUAAAGUUAAGGACUUAUUUAGUUUUUAAUUAUCUUUAACUCAAUUAAAUCUAUAAAAGAGAAGUUCUAUAUUUUUGGAAACACGUGAUAAAUGGUUAAGACGGCUUAUUUUUUGAGACUGUUGUCCAAAUUUGUAAUCAUGAAAUCAUUUGGUUACAAGUACCUAUACCUGUCGGUAGAUAUAUGUAUUUCAAAAUUUAUUUUAUAAAUUGAAAUUUUUAUUUUGGUUAUUGCUGUUUUGUUAAAAUAUUUGGAAAUGCUUGGCGGCAUGUCGUCAUUUUGUACUGUACAGGCAUACUAAGUCAGUUAUUAUUUAAUCACAUAUCAUAAUUAUUAUUGUAGUUUGUUUGUUAUUACUUUAAUCAUUUAUAUUAAUUGGUUGCUUUGUGUUUGAAUAAAGAUGUGCUAUAUAAACAAUAAAUGUUCUAGAUAAUCGCAAGUUGUCCGUUUCAUUUAAGCGACUAGAUAUUAUGCAUUUCUAUUCCUUUUUACAUUUCCUAUAUAUUAAAAAUCCUGCUUA